CGAGACCCAGGCCGCGACGCCCGCCGGCCGCUUCCGCUGUCGGCGCAGGCGCGACAGCUCGGCCGGAGAACGGCGCGGGCUGAGAGGGGAGUGGACGCUGCUGGCGAGGAUGGUACUGGAGAGCGUGGCCCGCAUCGUGAAGGUGCAGCUGCCGGCGUAUCUAAAGCGGCUCCCUGUCCCCGAGAGCGUUACCGGGUUCGCCCGGCUCACAGUUUCAGAAUGGCUUCGGUUACUGCCUUUCCUUGGUGUACUUGCACUACUUGGCUACCUUGCAAUUCGUCCAUUCCUCCCGAAGAAAAAACAACAGAAGGAUAGCUUGAUUAAUCUUAAAAUACAAAAGGAAAAUCCCAAAGUGGUGAAUGAAAUAAACAUUGAAGAUCUGUGUCUCACCAAAGCAGCUUACUGUAGGUGUUGGCGUUCUAAGACGUUUCCUGCCUGUGAUGGUUCACAUAAUAAACACAAUGAAUUGACAGGAGAUAAUGUGGGUCCACUAAUACUGAAGAAGAAAGAAGUAUAGUAAUGAAUUAGGAUUGAAUUUAGUUGUGUGCUGUAAAAUCUUACAACAAUAUUUUUUCAUUCUUUGUGUGUAGAGCUUUCAAAUGGUGGUCUUAAUUAUUGCUACUGGUUGAGUAAUUAUUGCUGCCAAUUUAUUUUCUUGCUACACUACUGUUUAUAUUUGAUACUUUGUAUAUUCAAACAGUCAUUUAUAUAGAAAUUAAAUUGUACAACCCUUUCAUUCUUACUUCAAAGACUUAAUGUAUCUUCCUAAAUAAAACCAACACUCUUGGUUUUAACUGAGAAAAAUCUGUUUUUGGCAGUGGGCCCAAAGCUAUUCCUUUGAAUAUCAAUAUGUUCUAUAGAAUCUACAUUUAAAGUUUUUCUCCCUACAUACACUAUUAAAUAUUUUUCAGUCCCCUUCUGUUUUGAUCAUUUGAAGUGAUUUUUCCUCUUGGCUGUCCACACUCCUUUCUUUUCAGAUCAAUAAGAAAAAUAUUGCUCUCAAGAAUUACUUGAGUUUUUAAAAAGAUAAAUGCUUUGCUUUAUAAAGACUGUGUCUAAUAAGUGUGAAUAUCCCAAUUUCAGAAAAGACAUGAACUGGAUAUAGAAAGUUCCAAAAAGGAACAGUUAUUUACAUUAUAAAAAUUUUGUUUACUUUACAAAAGGCUUGUUUGUGUUUGUUUAGGUGUGUGUUUUGUAAAAGUAUCUUGAACUCUUUGACUCAGUGACAAGGUGGGAUGAGGUGGCAAGAAUACUUAUACUAAACUCCUGAGCUGCUGCAAUUUGAAGGUUAAUUAGAAAUAAACAUAAAGUAUAUCUGAAUUCAUAUUAAAAUGAUAAAUCAGUGUUCAAAACCGUAUACGUUCUCCUCUUUGUAACAGUGUAAGCCAAUAAAACAUAAAAUACAAAAAGGUUGCAAAAUAAAUUUACUGGAGAAUCUUUAAAACUUUUAUAAUUUUUUAGCCUAAGUCUAUUUAGUUUUAUUGUAUAUUAUAGUUUUUACAUUAAUAGCUGUCCUUAAGUCUGUCUAUGAAAGGUACAAUCCUGUCAGUUUACUGUGUCUUUUUUAUAUAGAAAGAAGAUACAGGAGGCAGACAUAUUUAAUUCUCCCAAUAAUAAUCAAAGCUAAAAGCACGUGUAUACACGAGACCCUGAACUAAGUCCUGUACCUAGAUUUGUAAUUUAUUACAUGUAAUGUCAAUAGGUUCUAUUGUGUGAUCUUUGAUCUUGACUCUUGUGACCAACAGCAGGAAUUUUAAAGUUAGAGUUAGAAAUGUAAUUGUGAUUUUGAGAAGUUUUACAAGGUGUAUGUACAAAAUAGUUAAUAUUUCCUCAUGUGUGAAGAGGGAGAAAUGUACCACUGCUGUCACCAUGGCUCUGGAUGUUCUUUCUUACAGCCUUCUCUUUGACACUUUUAAGGGGCUUCACUGUCAGAUGAAGCAAUUAUUUUUCCAUUAGUGAUCACAAGACUUUGGGAAAAAUCAUCCUUACCAAAAGUUUGAAUCUCCAUGGUCUGUGGUCAUGAAAUGCUUUUCUUUAAAAUUAAUUUACUGCAGCACAACAACAUGUAUAUUCUAGUGGUUCCCAGACUUAGAUUUCACAGGAGAAGGUAAAAUUUCCUAAAAAUGUGGAGACUAAAAUGAAAUUAUCAACUUUAAAUUUUGUCAACUAAACAUAUAUGAAGAAUUGAAAAUUAAUUAUCUCAUAAAAGGUAACUUUAACACCCAAAAGUAUAAGGGCUAUACUCUCAGGAUAGUUUUUGCUGCCCACAUUUUCAAUUUUUAAAAUAUGUUAAAGAGCUGUGUCCAAAUAUUUUCCUACCUGUGCAGAUUUUUCAGAAGCCUCGGGCUGCUAGCAAGCUGUUAUUUUAAUGACUCCCUUUACAUAAGCAUUAUUAUCAGUUGCUGUCACUUCCUCUUGUAAAAUCACAGAAUUCUGUCGUGUCUGCUUUAAAAAGUGGGUAUCUAGUAACUGCUUCUGAAUUGUUACAACAGAAGAUAACAGCUCUUGAAAUACUUAUCUUGGGUUUCUAGAACCUUUAAGAAACAACUCUGUCACUGUCACGUGAUUGUUUUGAGGCCUGCUUCUCCUUACCCAGGGAACUGCUCAUUGCCUUACUCAGCAAAUGAGCACUACCAUUACAAAAAUAUCAAGUAUCCAAAACUGUUGAGCAGGCUUGAGGUAUUAAUGACUCAUUCAUAUGGGUAAUUAAGCAAGUUGUAUUAUGAAAACACCUUACAAUUCAACUUUGAAUUCAAUGCCUCAUAUGAUGAUUCAUUGAAUUGCUUUUGUAUUUUGUAACCUAGUUUGUUAAUAAGUUUAUGGGAAGCUACUUAAGCCAGUUGCUGAUCCAAAGAGUUCUACCUUUCUUAUUGUGAUUCCUAUAGUUUUCCAGUAGAAACAUGCUGUCAGACUCUCCCUCUGCAAAGAGAGUUUUAAAACUCUACUGUUCAAUAGGGUUCUUAAAUUACGGUGGGUAUUUUAUUAACUACCAGAAACAUCUAAGAAUUGAGUGCCUCAGGUCCCCAUCUUCAGAGUCUGCUUAUUCUUACUUCACAACUAAUUCUGAUAAAUUUGGUUAUCUGAUUUCUCCUAAAAAAAAAAUCAAAAGAAUGGAUGGGGUCUUGCUAGUGGCAGGUAAACAAUAAAAUGUAACAACUGAUAGCUGGGGAGGGAACCAAACAAUAAAUUUACUGUGAACUUUAAAAGCAUAGCAGCUUGAGAAUUUAACAUAGGAUCCUGCACACCACAGACCCUGAGAGCAUCUCUGUGAUCAGAUUAUACAAGUGAUGUUUCAUGAUGAAUUUGAAUCAAGAUAGGUAGUAUAUGGUGUUUAAGAAGGCAGGAUAUGUGUGGCAUUUGGUGAUACCAGUUUCCACUUCAAAUAGUGAAAAGUUUAGCACUAUCCAGGCGGAAAAUUUAUGCAGGAAAUCCUUGACUCAUUCUUGACUCAUUCUUGGAUAUUUGGAGGGUUAUCAUAGGAAGUUCUUCCAUUUAAUUGAAAUGUUUUUCAAGUUUAAUGAUGGUAAUUCACUACAUAAUUUAAUUUGUUUAAAGUAUGAGGAAAACUAAAGGAACAGUGAUUUAAACCACACAAAUCAUGUUAGAGGACCUCCACCUUUGGGAGGAUAAAAUAUGCUUGUUUGAAAAGCACUCAGCCGCAGUUUCGUGACUGCCUGUCUUGCUGGCCAUGGAAUCCCUUUGCACCAGAGGUUGGACUGCAGAGAACUUCCGUAGCUGUUUUGUUUUGUUUUGUUUUGGCUAUGCAUCAUCUGAAGCUGUGUUUUAGUUUGUCAGGAUAGUCUUUUCUUGGAAGCUCACUUUAUUUUAUCAUGUUCAGAUAGUACUUCUAUCUUUUGCAGAAAUCCAGUUUAGUGGAGUCAUGUUAUAGCAAGCAUUAUUUUAAUGUAAGAAGUAGUCCAUAUUAUUAGCGAUGGUAUUAUGACAUUUUAUAUUAGUUACGGUCUUGAAGGACAUUGAAAAUCUGUAUGCAAGAGGCAUACUUAUGUUGUUACUCAGAGAUGACAUCACCCACUAAUUGUCCUUUGGUUUAAAUAUUUGAUUCUUUGCUUAUAAAAAGAGUAUAUCUGUGACUGUAUUCUCUGUUGUCAAAUUCAAUAUUUACUGUUGUCAAAUAGAUCAGCCACAGUGUUAAAUUCCUGAUCUCUCUUAUAAGGCUGAAAUUUUCCAAUAUGUAGAAAAGGGGAAAAGGGUAGUAAAUUGCAUAAUUACAGAGGUGAACCCUGUACUAGUGAGAAAAUAAAAAAUGUCAAGAAAUAAUUCA